AAAGAGAAGCAGCAGAAAGCUAGCCCUGAACACCGGAACAUCAUGAAGAUCCUCCUGGAAAAUUUAGGUUUGGCAGAGUGUUAUGGCAAGAAACUCACUCUCCACAGACUGCUACAGAUCAACAAGAAGAGUGUGACAGAUGUGCCUGUCCAGUCCCUUUCAGAUCUGCCAUGGCUGUUCUUGAAGAGACUUAUGUUGCUACAAAGGACAGCGAGGAGUGUUAAGUGUUCCUCAAUAGAUGGGGCAGAAGAUUCAGAUUGGGAUGAUGAUCAGGAUAGUACUGAAUCAGAUUGUCCUCAGUUAGUAAACCCUUUAGAUGUUUUGACUGCUGUGUUCCUUUGUUCUGACAGUUUUCUUCAGCAGGAAAUGAUCAUGAAAAUGUCCAUGUGUCAGUUUGCGAUUCCUCUGCUGCUUCCAAACAGUGAUAGCAAUCAGAUCAUGCUUAUGCUUUGGGCAAUGAGAGAUAUUGUGAAAAAAUACAGACCACACUCCCUGUCAGAUGCAAGUGGAUUUGUGGAAGAAAGGAUUGUUCUCUCAAACCUACCGUUAGUGUCUUUUGUGAGACUUGGCAGGUGCAACAUUUCCAAAUCAGAAAUUCUGAAUAAAGUGCUCAGCAAUCCACAGCAAUACACUGAUACCUUUGUGCACUUAAACAUGGGUUGUGGAAACAUUAAGAAGAAAAUAUCAAAUGGCUUGGUUGAGAUGGCCUGGUAUCUUCCUUGUGGAAAUGAAAACAUUGAUGUCUUUCCUGAGCCAAUAGCAAUUGCAAACUUGAGAGGUGACAUCCUGAACUUUGAAACACAGUUCUCUUUUCUUUGUGAGGCUUCAACUGCUGUGUUUGUGUUCUUUGAAUCCCAGCUUUUAGAAACACAGUUCAUUUCAGUGUCCAGUCAAAAACCUACGCCUCAGCUAUUUUUUGUGGGAGACUCCAACAACAACAGCAUAAAGGCUACUGUCAAGAAGCUCAAUCUAAAGAAAAGCAAUUUCAUCUUUAAAGCCAGCCAAAAUGAUGCAGACUUUGUUCACAAAAUUCAGAGCAAGUUGCGAGACACAAUUAAUAACAAUCAUCACAAAACCUCAGUUAUUCGUUUAGCUGAGAUUGCACGAAAUCUGAGAAUCUUGGUGGACGAGGAUAGUAAAGAAUGUCAGCGUGCAAAAAAAAUUGCAGAUGAAAUCACAUCAAAAAUAGAGGAUAUAGUGCAGUUCAAGAAGCAGGAGCUGCCCUUGCAAGGAGAGAUCUUGAUGAAACUGGCUAAGUUAGAGAAGGAGGAAUACCGACUGAAGAACAUUGGUGAUAAGAAGAAUGAUGACUACAAAAAGGAACUUAAGAAUCAGAAAAAGAAACUCAGAGAAGAGCAAUACAGGAAAGACAUAUCUUUCACUAUGAGCUGCUUCAUCAGUGCAAUAUCAACACCAGAAAGGGACUACUUCUUAAAAUGGUUGAGAAUCGCUCUAGAGAAUCGAUCCCAUGAAGUACUGCCUAAACUCAGAGAACUGUACAAACAGAAAUGUCAAGAUAUUUGUGGAAACAAGACAGAAAUUGCUGAGCUUGAUAAAAAGAUUUCAAACAGUUCUUUAGGAGUGGAGCAUUUCAUUCGAGAGAUGAGCCAGCUUUACGAGGCUGCAGUCUCGCUUCCAGAAUAUGCACCUAACCGAAAACAGCUGGAGCACUUACCUAGACUCUGUGCUGAACUACUAUUGGGUGGAUUUUCACUUGAACUGGUGGAUGGAGAUUCUUCAAAUAUCCCUGAAAAAUGGCUUUCUGGUGUGUUUUAUGAAUUAAACAGAAUGGUUGAACCCAAAAACAAGAUUAAGAUUGUCACAGUUUUGGGCGUCCAGAGUUCAGGAAAGUCAACGCUGCUGAACACCAUGUUUGGAGUUCAGUUUGCAGUAAGCAGUGGAAGGUGCACCAGGGGAGCCUUUAUGCAGCUCAUUAAAGUAGCAGAUGAUCGCCAAGCAGAACUCAAAUGUGAUUAUAUAGUGAUAAUUGACACUGAAGGACUGAAAUCCCCUGAGCUCGCACAACUGGACAACAGCCAUGAACAUGACAAUGAGUUGGCAACUAUUGUUGUUGGACUGAGUGAUGUAACAAUUGUCAACAUUGCAAUGGAGAAUUCAACAGAGAUGAAAGACAUUUUACAGAUCAUUGUUCAUGCCUUCCUCAGGAUGAAGGAGAUAGGAAAGAAACACACGUGUUUGUUUGUACACCAGAAUGUUGCUGAUGUCUCGGCUCAUGUUUCAAACAUGAGAGACCGUAAAUUUCUGUUGGAACAGCUGGAUGAAAUGACAAAAGCUGCAGCCAAAAUGGAGAAAAAACUGGAAUUCAGCAAAUUUACAGAUGUGUUGAAAUAUGACACUGCGACGGGUGACCACUACAUCCCUGGAUUGUGGCAUGGAAACCCCCCAAUGGCCCCAGUGAGUAUUGGCUAUAGUGAGUCUGUGUAUAAUCUCAAAAAACAUAUAAUGGAAAUCUUCAAAAGUUACGAGUCCUACAACAUCAAUGAAUUUCUUAAAUGGACCAAAGACUUGUGGACUGCUGUGAAAUUUGAAAACUUCAUCUUCAGUUUCAGGAAUAGUCUGGUGGCUGAUGCAUACAUGAAACUGUGCACAGAGUUCAACAAAUGGGACUGGACACUGAGAAAGCAAAUGCAUUCAUGGGCGUUAGAAGCUGAAACCAAGAUCUUAAACCAUGGAAAAUUUGAAAACUCUGAGUCCGUUGAAGAUGUUCGUAGUCGUUUACUACGGGAAACAGAAGCUAAGCUUUCAAAAGGACAAAAAGAAAUUAUUGACAAGAUCAAAUCAUACUAUCAACAAAGAGAAGGUCAUGUUGAACUGGUGGAAAAUUAUCGACAAGACUUUAUAAACUCUGCCACGUCUUUGAAGAUGGAACUUUCAAAUUCUGUCACAAGCAAACUGGAUGCCGCUGUUUCACGUCGAAAUGGAAUGAUCAAAGUGGAAGGAAUCAAAAAGACAUACAUGGACACAAUGGAGAAGAAAGUGCUAAACUUGCUGAAAAACUGUCGUAAGAACGACACAGACAUGUCAGAUGAUAAGCUGGAUGAAGCAUUUGAAAAAAUGUGGCGUGAGACUGUCAAUACACUGGCAGGCACAGGGCUCAAACAACAAGAUAUCAAGACAAAAGUUCUUCUUCAUUUGAUGAUGAGUCUUAAAUCUAGAGGAAGUUCAAUGGCUCAAAGCUUAGACAAAGUGAAAGAUUUAAACAGUCAUGGCCAUGGAGACUUUGUUGUCAAAAAUGACGGGUUAUUGAGCACCAUAUUGAAAUUUUUCUCUGCUCAGAAGAUCAAGAAUGUCCAAGAGAUGUCAGACAACCUUAUCAGAGAUUGUUGGGAAUUUGUUAAAGCAAAGAGGGAAAGUAAGGAUGAUUAUGAUGACACAUACAUCAGAAGAAUUCUUAACAUGAUUGAUGAGAAACUUAAGGAUAAUGAAGAUCUCAAGCUAAAGGAAGAUUUUGAGCUGUCCCUUAAACUGCACAUAUGUGGCUUCGCAAGUAGAGAAUUUCAAGAGAUUCACAAUAAAUUCAUCAAGCAAAACAACCCACGAACAGCCUUGGAGAACUUCAAACAAACAUACCGCUCUGACUUCAUUGACCUUUACCGUGAACAAGACCAGUGUCAGAGGAAAGCUGAUGAAUUCAUGAAAAACUGCCUAAAACCUGCCUUGGAAAGAUAUAUUUCAGAGAACUUGGGCAUGAAAAUGGCAGACAAGAUGGUGACUGGUGAAAACUCAGCAAUUUUCGGAACAAGGACAACAUUUCAGAUUUCAGUCUUGAAAAAUCUUCUUGAUAAAUUUAAAUUUGAAACAUAUUUGCAUUUCAUCUCAUCAUAUGAAACGUUUGUUAAAACCUUUAUUUUGGACAAAAUCAAAAAGCACUUUUCAGAAGAGAACAGAAUGUUCACAUUGGAGGAGAAUAUCGUCAAUGAAGUCAUCAGUGAAAUUAAAAAGGCUAUUGAAGAGGCAGGUCAAGACCCAAAGAUAAAUGACAUCAAGGGAUUUAUUGAGAACUUUUGUAAAAAACUUGAAAAAAAGUUUGUUUUUCCCAAGGACGCAGUGGACAAAAUCAGCACACUGAACAAUGCAAAUCUAAAAAGAUUUGCUGAAUGCCUUCAAUGUUCUGUAAUGGACAUGGAUAAAUCACUGAAAGUGAGUUUCCAAGCAAUAGAUUUUCAAAGCAAAAUAUAUCGUCUUGAAACCAAACCACAGGAUGUGCUUUUCCAACGAGUACAUGGCUGUGGGAAACAGUGUCCAUUCUGUAAAGCACCAUGUGAGGCUGGAGGAGACAAACACACUAAACACUUUGUCUCAAUCCACAGACCAGAAGGUCUCGGCCGCUACAGAUUUGAUGAUUCUAAAAAACUAGUGACCGACAUCUGCUCUUCUUCAGUACACGGCAACUCAAGCUUUAAGUGCGGAGACACCAAGGAUCAGUGGCAUCCAUAUAAAGAAUACAGCAAAAUCUAUCCAGACUGGCGAAUCGAUCCAGACCCCAGCAUAGAGGCCUCAGCAUACUGGAAAUACGUGAUGGCAGAAUUCAAUGAGCAGUUUGCAGAGAAGUACAAUGCAAAGCCUGCAGAAAUACCCUGGGGAAAAAUCACAAAGGCAGAUGCAGAGAAAUGCCUAAACAUCAAUUAACUACCUCUCUGACCUCUGUUUAAAUCAGUUUGGUAUGAUGUUAAGAAAACUCAAAACUCACACCUUAAAAUCCAAGUAUCCAUGACUAUUAACUAUGACAACAAAUGAAGAAAAAAAACCCUGCUGGUUUCAAUAUUAAUCAUCGCAUAUCCUGAAUAAUGCAUGAGUGCCAUUAUACAAAAAGUUGCUUGCACUUGCUCUUGCCUUGUAAUAAGACAACAUGAAAAAUAAUUAAACUUUUUUUUUUUUCAAUAAAAUAAAGAUGUAAACCUUUAGUACUAAUUCAAAUGUUAUAGUAUACUCUUAGUGACAAAUUAUUAUUUUACAUGCAUUAAUUAUUUUGUUUUGUUGACAUUCAUGACAUCUUAGAUUUUCUUUUAAAUGUUUGAAAGAAAAAUUUUGAGCUUCAAAUCUUACUCUUGGAUUUUUAUUCAUGUACUAUACGUAUAACUGAGCUUAUUUCUGAGCUAUGUUUGUGAUUGUGUAUAUUAUAUUGGGUUGUGAUUGUGAAUUUGAUUUUGGUUUGUGAUUGUGAAUUUGAUUUUGGUUUGUGACUGUGAAUCUGAUUUUGAUAAGAGUGGUUGCUCUAUGACAUAAAGGCAUGUCUGUAUCAGUGAGGUCACAACACUGCUGACAUCUGGAUCAGUUUAAUUAACAUUUGAAGCAUUUGCUAAUCACAUGAAAUCAAUGUAACCUGAAUAAAUAUUGCUGGCAUCAGAGUUGUUUUGUAACUUUUAUUGUUAAUAAUAUACUGUCUAUCUUGCAUCUACAAUUGAACAAAGUCACCACCAUUAAACAAUCUAAAGAUAUUGAUUUAAUAUAUUAUAUCCUCCUAUCGAACACCUUGGGAUGAGAAUGCGUUGGUUUACCAUGUUAAACUCCCUCCCCCAUAAGCACUGCUCUCAACACAGUGUCAUACUGUCACUAUGCAAACAAUUUAUGAAUAAUUAAUGAACUUUGUGUGUGACAGUUGUCUCUGCACAAGUAAUGAACCAAUAAUGAGCAGUGAAUUAAGUGGAAGGUCUUAUGCUCCCAGUCUCCCUCUGCUGGACAGGCCGUUGUGUAACACGUUCAUUGUUGCUUCGCAUGGUGUGUGUCCUGUGCUGAGAAUUCUUAAGGUAAAUUAUGGUAAUUUCUUUCUUAAUUUGUAAUGUUACUUUUCCAAAAUGACACAAACUCAAUGAUAAAUUCAUCCCACAGUUGGAACUUGCAGGGCGUAGCCUUCAAAAUAAGACAUUAAUUUCUCCCUUUGGGUAUGGACUAAUUUCUCCCAUCAUGGUUUGCUUGCCUUGUUGGUUUACUUACUGCAAUCUGAUCUUCCCUGUAUUGAUUGACCGCUUUACAUGCGUUUCUCAGGUGUGUUAUUCUCACAUGUCAACAAUAAAGUCCCAAUGUGUAUUUUUAUCCUCA